UGAGUCAGCCAAUGUGUUUGGUGCAGCACUUCAUUAUACACAAGGGCCUCGCUACGGGCCUGAACUUCGCUGGAGCGUCCUUGGCGUUCUUCGUUUUCCCCAUGCUCAUGGAGGUUCUUACGGAGAUGUAUGGCUUCGGAGGCGCCAUUUUUUUAUUCGGAGCUAUCUCGCUAAACGCCACAGCUUUCACCCUGUUCGUCCGCCAGCCAGAUUGGCUGGGGCCAUGCACACUUGUCACGAACAGUGACAAGAGCAGCCACCAUUGUGAUGGCAGGGCUAGUGUUACAGCUACACCGAGUGGUUCGAAGACAUGCGAAACCAAUAUGCGUCCAGGCAAUGCGCCAAAAACCUACGACACAGCAAGGGAAGGUCAGAAAAUUGCCUCUACUGACGAUGAGCCUAAACAGAACAGCAAUCUUCAAACGUGUGAAACCACCCAAACAACUUUGAUUGCACCUGAUGAGCCCAUGACCAUAAAGUUCAUGUCCAGGCGAGCGUCCAUGAGUGGUCUCUUCGGGUCAGUUGCGAACGCAGUGGAAAUGAUCAAAAACUUCAAGAAGCGUCCUGAACCUGGUUCACUACGCCACAGUCUGACUGUCGUAAAGGAGCCAAUCUUCUACUUGAUCUUGUACACGUUUUUGUGCUACAGUUUCACGUUCGACUGCUACAGUUCUCUGCUCGUAGACUUUGCCGUCGGCAAAGGAAUUGCCGUGCGAAGCGCUGUCACCAUGACAUCAAUCACUGCCUUGGUAGACCUUGCUGCUCGCCUUCUGCUUCCCAGCAUAGCCGAUAGAGGCAUACUAUCGAGAGUCUGUAUGUUGGUUUUCGUUAAGCUUACCAUCACGAUCGUUAUGUUUUUGCUCCCUCACGUGAGUUCGUACGGCGCCAUCUUCGCUCUCACCAGCUGUAUUGGACUGUACGUAGGAUGUGUGGUUGUGAUGUGCUCGGUGCUGAUAGCAGAAUUCCUGGGCGUCGAUCGCGUGACGCUUACCUAUGGCCUUGUCACGGGAGUGACAGGACUGACUGCAUUUGCCAAACCACCACUCAUCGGGUACUUCCGCGAUAGAACGGGUUCUUACGACGCAGUCUUCCAGUUGUGUGGAUUUCUGCAGUUGAUUUGCUUUCUGCUGUGGCUCAGCGUCUGCGUGGCUGAAAGGUUCUCCAAGCGGCGCAAAUGGUCUCCCAAGGACAAGCUGAACAGGGCUGCGAUGUAUGUGUGCAAGUUCGUCUAUUUACCCGGUGCUGGCUUUGCAGUGUGCAGUGGCUGUCCCUGUGACCCGAGAGAUGACGAAAAAGUUCGCCAACCGAGUACGAUAACGACUCUGUGCGAGAGAAGCUGCACUGUAGCAGGCCUUUCCUAGGAAACAAACGGCGAUUGCUCGGUGGGGACUACUGCUCUAUAGUCGUCAGCCGGCAACAUUUGUGAUAGGUGUGUAACAGUAGCAUCGCGGACGCAGACUGGCGCCUGAAAGUACUGCAACACUUGCCGAUAAUUCUAAGCCAUCUCACUCAGACAGACGGAAAAAAUGGCCAGUCACAAGAGGGUGCCUUAACGCCACCGCAACUGUACCUGCAAGUAGGAGGCUGUUUGUCAUAGUGAUAUGAAAUAAUGCUGUACUGUGCCGCGUUGUACAAGUAUGUGACAUGUGAUGAGAGAAAAAGGCCAAUAAAGCGGUGCAACUGUACCAAUGCUUAACUACGUGAAA